AUGGUUCACAUCACAUCACAUCACUCGGACUUUGACAAGCUGCAGAAGAAGUUGGCGCACUCGUGGAGGUACACACGCGCGCAAAUGGACGUCCUCGAAAACCAGCUCGACCGCGCCGGCAUCUUCUCCCGCGACUCCACCCGAUUCUUCCAAAAGUGUACGAAGCCCGACCGCAAGGAAUACCAACGGAUCGUCAUCGCCACCUCCAUCGGCGUGGCCAUAAUGGGCUUCCUCGGCUUCUUCGUCAAGCUCAUCCACUACCCGAUCAAGCAGAUUUUGUUUUCC